AUGACGUCGUUACGUGAUAUCGUGGAGGACCUGGCGCAGGGUGAUGAAUCGGAACUUCUGGUCAUGAGUUUUGACAUCGGUACGACCCAGUCUGGGGUCGCGAUGGCGUAUAUUGCUCCGCAAGCGCAGGGAUGUCGAGUGCCAGUUGUGAUGGAGAAGCUCAACAGUCAGCCGGCAGGAAAAGCUAAGGUCCCGUCGACUUUGUAUUACGAUAAAGACGGAAAGUGUCUGGAGGAAUGGGGUGCCAACGAUCUCAACUCCGCAAUGAGAAAAGCUAUCGAUAAGGGCGAAAUAUCCAAAAGUGAAUGGUUUAAAUUGCAUAUCGAUCCGACUAACGCCUCUCAGAAGGAGGCAUUCGUAGACCGCUCAUCGAAACAACUUCCGCCAGGGAUCGGUGCGAUUCGAAUCUGGGGGGAUAUGCUUGAGAAACUGUAUAGGUCGGCGAGCGAAAUCGCUCGUCGAGACUGGGCUAUGAACUGGCUUCCUACCCUGAGGGAAGAGAAAAAGGUCAAGUAUGUCAUCACCGUACCGGUCGCAUGGAACCGGGACCCGGUCAUCAAGAUGGCGCUGCGGGCCGAAGCCAUCAGAGUGGGUCUCAUAACUCAAGAGACGGGAUCAUGUCUAUGUUUCUGUUCCGAAAGUGAAGCAGCUGCUUUGCACUGCUAUGAUCAAUUGAAGAUGAUCAACCUGGCAGUCGGAGAAAGAUUCUUAGUCAUUGAUGCGGGAGGCGGGACUGUGGAUUUUACCUCCUAUGAGAUUACGCAAAAGCAACCUCUCGAACUCAACGAAAUUGGAGCCGAGAACAAAGUCUGCUUGUACAACGGGUCGACCUAUGUCGAUCGGACUUUCUCGGAUUUACUGAAGGCUUUUCUGGCGGAGCAAUACCCAAAGACGAUCCCCUCGCCAAAGCAUAUUGAGAGGGCCACGAGGUGUUUUAGUGAAAACCGAAAACCAGGGUUCUCGGUAUCGCUGAAAGGUCGUGGUCCGUUUCCCCUUGAGCUUUCGGAUAAUCCCGACGAUUACGAGGAUGGUGAAAUCGAAGUCUCAUGGGAUCUCCUAGAAGCAGCAUUUAAACCUCAUGUGGACCCGAUCGCGAGCACAGCCGCUCAGAUAGUUGCAACUGACGGUUUGAAGCAUGUCUUUUGCUCCGGAGGGUUCGGCGAUAGCCCCUAUCUCAGGGAGACGCUUGAGAGGGUAGUAAGGGAAGCCCGAAUUAUCCAGCCCGAGCAAACGGCCUCUUCUUCUGGAUCGCGCGCUGUUACCCUGGGAGGGUGCAUCUUCGGCUUGAGACCGUGGAUCCAGCAGCGCAUCAAUCCCAGUCGGAUUGGUUGCACCACUCAACGUAGGCUACACCCUUGGGACACAAUCCCUCCCGAAGAUGCUCACCGGAUCACAAGCUUUCACGGUAACAAAAGAAUGACGGGCAAGUUCUCGGUUAUUGUGGAGAAGAAUCAAACGGUUAUGGCGAAGGAUUAUCACUCGAAGCGACUGUAUCGAGAGUACGAGUAUCCUUUUCCAGAGUCCGAGAAAGCGGAGAGAUUCGUCUUAAAAGAAUCUGUCGGUCUUGAUAUCCCGAAAUGGGCUGACGAUCAGCGUGUUAAGACUAUCGGAAGUUUUCCCUAUACAAUCCCUAAAGACGCGCCACAUGGCAUCGAAACGGCUCCAGAUGGUCAGCAGAUCGUUCGAUAUGAUUACGAGGUCCGGAUUUACUGCGGGGAGACCGAGUUGAGAGCGGCUGUCUUCAGCCCACAAGGCAAGGUUUAUGGUCACAGCGCUUACCUUGAGGGCGCCGAAUCGGCCAUGGACGAGGACUGAAAAUUUCCCACUUGGCCAUAUCAGAUGCCAGCCUCCUGCAACCCUGUUCAACAUGAGCUUCGCCGCAACGAAAGCUCGAUAUAUUUGAUCGUGACACUUCCCUUGGUAUCGACUCCGAAACUACGAUGUAAUGAAGAAGAUAAGAAAAG